ACAUACACCUUUUUUUUUUCAUUUUACUUUAACAAUGGCACUAGUUUCUUUCACCUCAAUUCCCAAAUGCCCAAAUUCAUCAAGAUUUAGCUAUGGUUCAACACAAUUACCCUUCAAUUUAAUCACCCAAUGUGAGUUAAACACAAAUGAUGGCUCACAAAAACUUGAAAUUGGGUCACCAAUCAUAGUAAUUGAGUCUCCUAAGUUGCUUAAAACAGCUGCCUCUGUGCCUUGUCUUAGACCCAAUGUUGGCUUGGUCAAACCCGGUGACGUUGGCAGGAUAGUGUCAAGGAAACCUAUGGAUGUGUGGGCAGUUCGUCUCAGCAUUGGCACUUAUCUUAUUGAUAGAAAAUAUUUUAAGCCCUUAGAGCUAGAGGAUUGAUCGAGUCGAGAGGUUGAGUCAGAAUUUAAAAUAAUUUAUGGUUCGAAAUUUGUUAUUAUCUUAGUUACUCGCUUCAUAAUUAAAUGUUAUUAUACGUUUAAUGAAUUUUCUAAUAUAAAUAUAAAGCAAAAGUUAUGAUAUUCAACCCC